UUUUAGGCAAAAAUGGAGCACCCCUGCCCUUGUAUGUUGAUGUAGUUGGCUGUGAGAAAACUCCCUGCAAUAUGGUCAAAGGAACUACAGCAACUAUAAAUAUUGCUUUUGUUGGAGAUAACAGCAAAAGUUUGUAUGCUCAAACUCUAAUCGCAAUGCACGGAGGUUCAAUACUUGUGCCGUUAAAUGAAAAUGUGGCAAAUGUAUGUGACAACCUUUUCCUUGGUAAAACUUGUCCCAUUGCUCAAAAUGAAAUGGCUGUAUAUGUUAUGAAAUUAGAUAUUGAAGCAUAUUUCCCAGAGAUAUCACCAUCGAUGCAAAUAUCAUUGGUCAAUGAAGAGAGAGAAAAAAUUGCAUGCUUUACCUUGGAUAUGAAUAUAGUGGCCAACAAUUCUCUGUAG